UGCCAUCUUUUCCCUAUUUUAAGGUUGAAUACCCUCAAGAGUCAACACUCGUUCCAGCUCAACAAUCAACAUGAGGAUUAACGUUCCGAACAUCCGAUACCACUACAUCAAGCUUGGUGUUAUAGGGUAAGACGACUUGGCGAUUUCAGGCUGAAUCGUAAAUAGAGACUCGCCAACUGGCAUUUUGCGGUGGAUCGAUGGAUGAGGCCAACGACUUGAAUCUCUAUCGGAUCAUGAAAGCGUCUAUGAAGGAUUGGUUCGGCGAGGUGGACGGCUUGGACCCUGCAAACUUAACCACAAUCUGGUCAAAAGAUCACAGGCAGGUGGUCAUCAAGGCCCCCGUAGGUGAAGCACACAAAGUCAUCAACUCGAUCUCUAUGCACUCCUCGAGCUUUAAUCCAGAGACAAGCAACCAUCCAUUAAACUUGCAGAUCCUAUCACAUUCACAUUGUUUGGUAAAUUUAUCGCGGAACGAUCGAUUAGGAAUUUAAAUCAGCAUUA